AUGAACAGUAUUAGCGUGUUAUUCCAAGAAAAGUAUAUGAUUUGGCAAGCUUUCUCUGAAUCAGAUGCUAUCAACUUAGCAUUGACACUAUUGAUUAAAAUUCAUAAAUCAUCAUCGAAUAUGCGUGACUAUUUACAAUGUGGAAAAGUCAAACAUUGGUGUGAAGAUCCCUGUGAACGUGAUGGUUUUUCUUGGCCCACUCCAACACAAGAGUAUGAACUUUCUGAAUUACAAUCAUCCAUUUCGAAUAUCCAUUUUAUUGGUGAGCAUACAAGUCCUAUUCAUGGAUGGAUCGGAGGUUCCCUAUCAUCGGCAAUACGAGCGGCUUUGUCCAUUACGGAAAAAGCAGAAACAACAUUUGAUGUGAUCAUCGUAGAUGGAGGUCCAAUCGGACUGAUAACAGCCAUUUGUUUGUCAUUGAAACAGGCGACUCUUCGUAUUGAUAUUGUAGAAAAAGGAACUAUCAUGAAUGCAGAUAGUAGCUCAGGUGCAUUCGAUCAACGACAAUUUCGUCAAAUAUACAAUGAAGAAUAUCUUGCUGAAUUAGCCAAUAUGUCAUUUCCUCUUUAG